CAAUAAAACAGAUUAUGAUAGGGGGAGGUCCGUACGACAUAAAACGACAAUAUAAAAACAGCAUAACAGACGCAGAUGGGUGAAAUCUGUACAUAAGUUUCCGAAAUCUCAAGGGCAUCAACAAAUAACCAGAAAAUUUACUUAAUUUAGGGCAUAAGAUUGCGAUCUGGUGGCAUAAUAUUGAAAUGCCGCACUUUUGGCUGCAUUCAACCUGUACAACUGUGAAACUCGGAUAACACCGUGAGUGGUUGAGUGCUUCAGGCAGAGAGGCAAGUCAUCAGUAAGGCAUCAAAAUGUUGAGAGACAAUGUGGAUAAUGCGAUGGAGGCUGCUUCAAGUGCACAUUUUUCUGGGUUACGCUUGGAUGAGAUUUCAUUGCCAGCAUUGAAUGUGAAUGGUCUACAUAGACAACCAUUUGUCAUUGGGGUUGCAGGUGGUACAGCUUCUGGAAAGACUACAGUCUGUGAAAUGAUCAUCCAGCAACUCCAUGAUCAUCGUGUAGUUCUUGUUCAUCAAGAUUCAUUCUAUCGUGGUCUAAAUGCAGAAGAAUUGGAACAUGUUCAAGAGUACAAUUUCGAUCACCCAGAUGCAUUUGACACUGAACAACUUCUUGAGUGCAUCACUAAGUUGAGGCAAGGACAGUCUGUUCACAUUCCAAUUUAUGAUUUUAAGAAUCAUCAAAGGUGUACUGAUAGGUUCCGUAAGGUAAAUGUAUCAGAUGUCAUUAUUCUGGAGGGAAUUUUAGUUUUUCAUGAUGCUCGUGUACGUGACAUGAUGAAUAUGAAGAUCUUUGUUGACACAGAUGCUGAUGUAAGGCUUGCUAGGAGGAUAAGACGUGAUACAGUUGAGAGAGGUAGAGAUGUGAAUUCUGUUCUUGAGCAGUAUGCAAAAUUUGUAAAGCCAGCAUUUGAUGAUUUUGUAUUGCCAUCAAAAAAGUAUGCUGAUGUUAUUAUUCCCCGUGGAGGAGACAACCAUGUUGCAAUCAAUCUUAUUGUGCAACACAUUGAGACAAAGCUUGAGCAACAUGAUCUAUGCAAGAUUUAUCCUAAUGUUUUUGUCAUACAAACAAAUUUCCAGAUUCGUGGGAUGCAUACAUUAAUACGAGAUCGUCAAACCACAACACAUGAUUUUGUUUUUUAUUCUGAUCGUCUUAUUCGACUGGUUGUUGAGAAUGGUCUGGGGCAUCUUCCGUUCACUGAAAAGCAAGUGAUCACUCCUACUAAUUCUGUAUACACUGGGGUUGAUUUCUGCAAAAAGUUGUGUGGAGUGUCAAUUAUCCGCAGUGGGGAAAGUAUGGAAAAUGCAUUACGUGCAUGUUGCAAAGGAAUCAAAAUUGGGAAAAUUUUAAUCCAUCGUGAUGGAGACAAUGGUAAACAGCUUAUUUAUGAGAAAUUACCAAGUGAUAUCUCUGAACGUCAUGUUUUGCUCCUUGAUCCGGUUUUAGCUACAGGAAAUUCGGCUGGGCAGGCUAUUGAACUUCUAAUACAAAAAGGCGUGCCAGAAUCUCAUAUCAUAUUCCUAAAUCUCAUUUCUGCCCCCGAAGGUAUUCACUGUGUUUGCAAGCGGUUUCCAAGGCUCAAAAUUGUAACUUCUGAAAUUGAUGUGGCAUUGAAUGAAGAGUUUCGCGUAGUUCCUGGGAUGGGAGAAUUCGGUGAUAGGUACUUUGGUACUUAUGACGAACCUCCUACUUCAGCACCUGAAAAUGCUUUCAAGCUGGCAAACAAUUUACAAGUAUUCAAAGAUGUUUUCCCCCCUCCUUUCUGCCAGCAGGCUUGACUUCAUGGAUGAUGUGCUGCAUAGGACCUCAUUGUGAAUUUAAAGAAUUUUUACAUAUUUGUUUGUAUGAUUCUUGAAUAAUGGGAUAUUGCCUCAUUUGUGGCUCGACAAUAUUGGCAAUACCUAUUCAUAUAUGAGAUGUUAAAAUCCUCUAAUUCUUUAACAAUCUCUAUACAACGGAAAAGUAUUCAGUCCAUUUUACCCGUAACUGCUAGAUCAAUAUAAUCUAUAUCAGGGUACUGUUUGGUUUUUAAUGGGUUGCCCACUGAUGAGUACAAACUAGAAACUUUAUGUUUGUAUAAUGAACCAUUAGUGGUAACCCAUUUCUUUUAAAAGCUAUUAACUGACACGAGUUCUCGAAGAAAAACCAUUUUUCUGUUAUAUCAGAAGCCAUCAAAAAAUGUUAUGUAAUAUACAGUUAAAGCGACAUAUUUCACUUGACAGUUCUUUCUUUUUCUUCUAGAUGCGGUAUUUUGAAAAUGCUGGAACUGCUCAUUAGAAGGCAUCCGCUGUUACUUUGAGAAAUGAACUAAGUAAUCUACAGGAAAGAAAUCCUUGAAAUUGGCGUGUUUGAUCAA